ACGCGCCCUCCAGGCUCGGGAGCAGCGGCCUGCCGAACAAUCCCCGGUAGGGCUCGCCUCGCUGGUGACAUCACUGCCGAAGAUACUCCCCGCUCUCAGUGCCUGCCUUCGCGAGGCGUCCGUCCGUUUGUCUGUUUCCUUCCGUCCGCUGCAGACGGCUCUUCGCCGGCCGGGGACAGAGCCAGGCGCCGCGGAGCGACAGGACCCGGAGGAGGAGGGAGAGCAAAGGCAGCGAGGGAAGGAGGACCCCGGCAGGCGACAGCAUGAAAUUCAGCCCAGCGCACUACUUGCUGCCUCUCCUGCCGGCGCUGGUCCUCAGCACCAGACAGGACUAUGAAGAGCUAGAAAAGCAGCUGAAAGAAGUCUUUAGGGAACGAAGCAACAUCCUCCAUCAGCUGACAAAGACAUCAAGAGAACUUGGUGGAAUUAAAGUCAACUUUCAGUCUUUGAAAAAUGAUGAGAAAUCUUCCAAAACUGAUGUUGAGAAGCUUCUGGAAAUAGGUCAAAGACAAAGAGAACAAAUGAAGUCUCUCCAGGAGGUCCUGCAAAAUCAACUUAAAGAGACAACUGAGAAAGCAGAAAAACAACAAGCUACUAUUAAUUUUUUAAAGACCGACAUGGAAAGAAAGAGCAAAAUGAUCCGAGAUCUCCAGAAUGAGAAUAAAAGCUUGAAGAACAAACUCUUGUCAGGAAGCAAGCUGUGUGGCAUCCAUGCAGAAGAGUCAAAAAAAAUCCAAGCCCAGCUGAAGGAGCUUCGUUAUGGGAAGAAGGAUUUAUUAUUUAAGGCUCAACAACUUACUGAUCUGGAACGAAAAUUAGCUGUGGCCAAAAAUGAGCUGGAGAAAGCAGCUCUUGACCGGGACUCACAGCUAAAAGCAAUGAAAGAGACUGUACAUCUCUGCCUGUCAACCGUGUUCCGUAAUCAACCUCCCCCUUUAAGUCUAAUGAGGCCAAAUCCAACUCAGCUGCCAAUUCUACCUGGGACACUUGGCCCUGUGAUUCCUGAUGCAAGUUCAAAAUUCCAGCCUCAGCAAACCUAUCCUGAAAGAAAUGAGAGCUCUCACGUUGAGACAACAAAGGAAGAAAAUCCCAACACCACUGAGUGCAAUUCUCAAAAUGUUUUACAAGAUGGCAGGACCUGCUCAACAAAGCACAAAAACAUUCCCCUAAUCAAUGCCACUAAAGAGCCAGUGACUGCCCCAAAGAAACUGCAAAUGCCUCCUUGUACUGAAUGUGAGGUGAAAAAAAACCCGGAAAAACAAUUGACCAACUUUGAAGGGAGGGCAACUAGAGAAGAAAAAAUACUGUAAAUAUCAAGAAACUGUGUUAAAAACAUCCACUUAUGAUUGUCUUCAUACUCUUUUUCAACCACAGGCUUGGUGGAAAUACUAAGUUUUUAAAGCAUGCAACUUUUUCACAAUUUUCUGUAACUUUAUAUAAAGUAGUCUACAAAUUUUCCAAAAGAUUCCAGGCCAAUUAUGAUCCUUAAGCAAUAACCUAAUUAAAAUGGAUAUCCACAGUCA